UUUCUGAAAUGUCAUUUUUUGUUGAUAAUUUUGUCAACAAAGUCAAAGGUCAAAAACAUGAUGAAUUUUCGGUGAUAGCGAUAGUACCUAUUUGAAUUGUUUUAUUAAAUUAGUCGGCUAGUAAAACAGGCCUAAUGUUUCUUCGGAAAAGUACAACGUUAAAAUACCUCAUAGCAGCGCCGCUGGUUGUGUUGUUCUACUGCGAAUGGUUCGUGUUCAUGAUACAGCCGCUGUUUUGGCAGGAUUUAGUCUGCCAGCGUGAAGAGUUGUGCACAAAGAUACUCUUUAUAGCAGAUCCUCAAAUACAAGGGGACCUGGCCGUACCACCGCCUCUAGGUUCACUUUUUAACUGGGAUAGUGACCGAUAUCUUCGGUCCACAUUCUCGGUAGUGCUAAAGCACUUUAAGCCGGAUGUAUUGGUGUAUCUGGGAGACCUGAUGGAUGAAGGGUCAGUGUCCAGCUCAGCACAGUUCCACAGCUAUGCGAAACGGCUCUUAACUAUAUUUGACGUCUAUUACCCGAUUGUGCAAGUUUGGCUCCCAGGCGACAACGACAUAGGUGGUGAAAACGAACCAAUCAACCAAGAGAAGGUAGCAGAAUUCAACGGAGUGUUCAACCAGCCCUCAGUGAUAAUGUUCAGGAACAUCACGUUUUAUAAAGUCAACUCUGUGAUGUACAAAGUGCCCCAAGGGUCCGACGAUGCGGAUGUCAACGUGAGGAUAGCUGUGUCGCACUACCCUGUUCUGUCUAAGGGUGUUUUUGGGAAACAGGUGAAUGAAGCCAUACAUCCAGACAUAUACUUCUGUGCUCACGAACAUGUCUCAAAAUACGUGAAACAGAAGAAAGACUUUUCUUCCAAACAAACUCAUUUGCUGCAAUCACGGGACCCAGUGUUGGACGUCUCGUUUGAUGGUGAUUGGUUGCAUGAGAUAUUUGUGCCAACCUGUUCCUAUAGAAUGGGGACAAGUAAAAUUGGCUAUGGGGCAGCUAUUGUAGAAAACCACCACAGCCUAAAGUACACAGUGUUCUGGUCACCGCAGCGGUUCCCCCACCUCGCCGCGUACCUGGCCCUGGCGCUGAUCAUCGCUGCGUACGCCGCCUGCUGCUGCCUGGUCAGGCUGCUGAGCCGGCAGCCCCGCCUCAUCACUGAGGACAUACUGCCUCUUUUACAUCGAAACUAAUUUACAGUACUAUAUACUGUACUAUACUGUAACUGUAUAAACUGACUGAAACAUCAAUGUACAGCUCAAACCGCUCUCUAUGAUGUAGAUCCCACUAAGCAUGCUUACAGACUAGUGGCACUGUGUGAAUGACAGAAAUAGAAUGAAUUUAUUUAUUUGAAAUGCAAUGAAUUAAUUUAUUUCAUGUCGUACAGAAUUUACUGAGAAGGGCCGGCAAGAAGCUCAGUAGAUUCUCUUUAAAAAAAAAGUUACAAUAUCUAAAUAUGCAAUACAUAAGCAAUGUAUCUAUUAUACACUGUGACUUAUG